AAUAUGAUGGCGUAUGUACAUUUGAUCUUCCUAUCUACCUUCCUCUCGGUUUCCAUGACAUCUGAAACAUUUGAUGCAAUGGAAGGUGAGGCUUUGGUUAUAAAAUGUCCUCGAUGGAGUUCAUCUGUGAAAGUCACCUGGUAUCACAUGGAUACAAACGAAAUAAUUCCUGCAGAAGAAGAGGGAUCACAAAUAUUUUCCUCAGAACGAUUUCUUUGGUUUCUGCCAACUUCUAGAGAGCAUUCUGGAAACUACACUUGCGUUAUACAUUUUUCAAAUAAUCGCACAAGGUCAUUCAACAUGAGCGUGCAGGUGCAUCCAUACAAGCAAGGAAUAUGUUUCCCAAGUCGGAUUCGUUAUCCAAAUGACACUGGAAGAGGAAAAAUUGUUUGUCCUACAAUUGACAAUUAUAAGAAUGCUACUAUCAUCCAGUGGUAUAAGGACUGCAAACCUCUUCAGGGACAGAGAUACUUCAAGGGAGAAAAGUAUAUUUUUAUUAACAACCCAAGAAAGGAGGAUGAUGGUUAUUAUACUUGUCGAUUUAGCUACACUCAUAAAGGACAUGUGUUUAAUGUAUCAGCAACGAGGAUUUUCAUAAGUAAAGCAAAACACUCGUCUCUACCUCCUAGAAUUUUAUUUCCAAAGGACAAAGAUGUAAUAGAAGUGGAGCUUGGUGCUGCUUUGUCUCUGAAGUGUCAGGCCCGCUUGGGGAUUAAGAAACAGCCAAUGGCUGUUGUCACAUGGGAUGUGGAUAACAUCCCAGUGAAAUACUUGCGUGUUUCAAGAUUCCAUGAAAAAACUCAUUCUUUUGAAGGACGUGAGCAAGAUUAUUACAGAGAGACUACUUUGCAUAUUAGUGAAAUAAAAAAGGAGGAUCUGCAGGCAAAUUUCACGUGUGUAGCAGUGAAUGAAAUGCACAACACAAGAGCCACAGUGAUGUUGCAACUCAAAUCAUAUCGUGAAGUGGGUCUUCCUAAUGUCCUCUUGAUCAUAGGAUUUCUAGUUCUGCUGGUUGCAAUAGCAGUCUCCAUUAUACUUUAUCAGUCCUUCCGAGUUGAUAUCGUCUUACUGUAUCGGGAGAUAUUUCAGCCCUACUCAAUCAAGGACGAUGGGAAGAUAUAUGAUGCAUAUGUUAUCUACCCCCAAAACCACACCAAUGAAGCUGAUUUUGUGGAAUAUUUUGUUUACCAAAUCAUGCCUGAUAUUCUAGAAAAUAAAUGUGGAUAUAAACUGUGUAUUUAUGGGAGAGACAUACAUCCUGGAGAAGAUACAGCCAGUGCAAUUGAGAAGAGGAUACAGAAGAGCAGACGUCUGAUCAUCCUUCUAACACAGCAGCUGAUUAAUUGUAAAGAACAUGCUUAUGAUCAACACAUUGCUUUAUACAAUGCCCUCAUUCUAAACGAUACAAAGGUGAUCCUGCUGGAAAUGGAGACACUUGGGACUUACGAGAAGCUUCAGGAGUCUCUUAGGUUUAUUAUUAAGCAGCAAGGUACAGUCAAAUGGAAAGAGCAACACACUGUGCGACCACAGUCAUACAACUCUAAGUUCUGGAAACAGGUGAGGUACCAUAUGCCACUGAUACUCAAGUCCUCGUACUCAGCUAAUGCCAGGUGAACAGUCUAUGAAAAUCCAGGAGGGACCACAUGCCUGCAGCUUCUUGCCUUUCAGAAGGUACAUGAUUUUACAGUCUGGAAGUCUGGCUGUAUUUUUGAAAUUUUUUCAGUCCUUCAAUUGAGUAACGAUACGGUAAACUGAUGGAAGAGGUCUGGGGAGCUGAGGGAAGUUUCUAUAGGUAUGGGAGUUCUGUAAAUAAAUCAUUCUAGUCUGCAUGCAGAAUUUUGCAUGUCACAUGAAACAAAAUGUACUUAUACGCUUUCUAUAUCUGGUUGUACAUACAACUGAAAAUUAUGAAUAUCUUGCAGGUUUGCUUUACCUUUCUAACGCAGGUGAUCAAACAUAAAGGCCUUCUGUAUUAUUUAACUAGAAAGUUUAAUGUGUAUUAUGCAACUGGAAAGUAUAACGUUAUGCUUUUGUUAAUUUUUUCCACUUCUUACUCCUUUUUAAUUCAAUAGUAAUACUCAUACCAUGAAAUUUUAUUUUUCCUUAGUAUGGAUACCUCAGUAAAGGCUCUUUUGAGACUGAUGUGAAUACAGCAUUUUAAAAAAUGCAGUGUUAAGGGAAAUAAAUACACUGAUACAUGUUUAUACACAUUUUAUAUGUUUUUAUAUUUAUAUAUUAAAAUUAAUCCAUGCAAAGGGGAAAUUUUAAAUCUUUCAGGUACAACAGACCGUGCUGUUACUCCUGUUAUUAUCUCCAGAUAGAAAUAACAACCACUAUUUUUUUCCUGCUGCUUUGACCUUAUGUCUAGUUAUACUUUCUUCUGAUAGGGAAUACCCUGAGAUGUAAAGGUCAGAGUCAAACUUCCUCUCACUUCAGGGGAGUAUGAACAAAAUGUAUUCUAGUACAUAUAUCCUUGUAAACUUUAAUCUUUUUAGCUUCUUCAAAAUCAGGAAUUUUCUAACUGUCAGAGAAUGCUUUGUUUUAAGCUUCAAUCUUGCUACAGAAUGGACUUAAAAAGUGAAAAUUAGAUGCAGAACACCUAAUGUUACCUAACGUAAUGGCUUACAGAACAGGCAAAUCUUUUCCUUUUACUGUAAGGUUUUGUUGAAUGUGUAUCUUCAGACUAUGUAUAACUAUUUGGAGUAGCAGAAAAGUAUAUGCAAUAUAUGUAUAGUUUAUUUUUUCAACAUUAAAUUAAAAGAGCUGUG